CAAUGCCACAACCACAUCAAACCCCAAAGCGAAAAGGAAAAUCCCUUAUCAGCGAAGAGUUCCCUUUUACACUGGUCAUUCGAGAUGGCAUUUUUCCGAGUUCUCGCCUGCCUCUUAAUCGUCGCCGUGUCUCUGAACGAAGCGGCCCACGUUCUCCAAAAGAGGAGCUUCGUGCAACUCGGAUGCAUGGGCAUGUUCGACAGAUCCAAGUUCGCCCGCUUGGACGCAGUGUGCGAAGAAUGCUAUGAACUCUACAGAGAACCCGACAUCCACGCUCUCUGCAGAUCCAACUGCUUCAAGAACAGCUACUUCUCCAAAUGUGUGGAUGCUCUUUUGCUGACAGGCGAACAGGAGGAACUCGACAACUCUGUGAGGCAAUUGUACGGCAAGAGGAAGUGAGAAGUUUUUCUUUUUUAGCAUCGGUGGCAACACUUCAAAACAGGGACGUGUACAGUGGAGAGCUUAAACUCGCAUUAAAUUAUUUAUCAUUUCUUCAUCUUUGGUUUUGAAUGUUUUGUUGAAAGUAAUUUAUUUUGAAUGCCGUGUGUGUGGAGUGACCCUCGUGGGCGCUCUGACGCCAAUUAUAAAAAUGUUGUGAAAUGGAGUUCAAUGACGUCACCGUAGCCCGUGUGAGUUACCAGAUUUUUUAUCUGUGUUAUACUUUAUUGAAUCUCAAGACUUAUAUUGACUAUGCAUCGGUAUUUGAUGUACAAUUUACAGUAUAUUUUCUUUACACAUUUUUGUGAUUUUUAUUAUGAGAAAUAAAUUUAUUGU